CGCUUGUAGGGUAGCGCGAUAUUGGUUGAAAUCGAGGGAUUACAGAGAACACAGGCGAGCACCGCCGACUGCGGAUAAAGUAGAUAGUGCUAGAGAGCGAAAAAUGGUGGUGGGCUGUGCGAUUCAACCUCGCAUUAUCUCUUCGUUUUUGGGAGACUACCGCUUCAUUCAGUCAACUUCAGAUACACUUCCUUGCCUCUUCCGAUACACUCGAGGUUGAAGAAAGUAUAAAAGUAAAGGCUUGGUCCUUGGAACCACAGUUCACCGGUUGAAUAUGCUCAAUAGGACCCUGUUUUGGAUAUUGCUCCAAAUUCUAAACCCUGAAACACACUUAUAUGUUGCUUUUGCUAAAAAUACUAUUGGUUUUGCGUUGUUCAAAUUCAUAUACAUUUUUUCUGAAAGUUUAAUUAUUUGCUUAGUGGAGAAUGAAAUUAGUAGAGAAUUGCAUCCUAGCGAAUAAUAUGAUUUCUAUGCCUAGCUAUCGCCCACUCUACCAGUUUUGUCUAGUUUUAGAAGGUAUCUUGAUCCUUACCUUAUGGUAUGAGAUCAGUAAAUGCAUUCGAAUGUGUACCAAUUUAUUUAUGUGAAUGCAUUUCUGAGAUCAAGCUCCAAUACGUGAAUACUAAUAAAUUGGGUUGUAUUUACUUUUGUACUUUUAAACAGGUAAAAACCAUGUGUCAAUGCUAAAUUCAAGAAUGGUUUCUGGUUUAACAAAUUUAUUGUUCAACAGAAGAACUAUAGAAGAUUUACCAAAUGGCAAGCGUAAACGUUUAAGGCCAGGGAAAGUGACUCCUCGUCGGCCUGUCCCUGCUAACAUACCAAGGCCUUCUUAUGUCAAUUCUAAGAAACCACCUGGCAUUGCAAGUGUACCUGAAGUGCAUGAUAAGAAAGGGAUAGAAUGCAUGAGAGCUUCAGGGAAGCUUGCAGCGCAGGUUCUUCAAUUUGCUGGGACCCUAGUCAAGCCAGGCAUAACUACGGAUGAGAUUGAUCGAGCAGUUCAUCAAAUGAUCGUCGAAAAUGGAGCAUAUCCCUCUCCUCUUGGUUAUGGCGGGUUCCCAAAGAGCGUAUGCACAUCUGUGAAUGAGUGCAUUUGCCAUGGAAUCCCAGAUUCACGUGUCCUCGAGGAUGGGGAUAUUGUCAAUAUUGACGUUACAGUUUAUCUCAAUGGUUAUCAUGGUGAUACUUCAGCUACAUAUUUUGUUGGAGAUGUUGAUGAGGAAGCCAGAAACUUAGUAAAGGUAACCAAAGAAUGCCUCGACAAUGCAAUAUCAAUAUGUGCUCCAGGAGUGGAAUUUAACAAAAUCGGCAAAACAAUACAUGACCAUGCAGAUAAACACCAUUACGGGGUUGUCCAACAGUUUGUUGGUCAUGGAGUUGGACGGGUUUUCCAUAGCGAUCCAGUCAUUCUGCACUACAGGAAUAAUUGUCGUGGACGCAUGAUGCUGAACCAGACUUUCACAAUUGAACCGAUGCUGACAAUUGGCAGCAUCAACCCAAUAAUGUGGGAUGAUAAUUGGACUGUGGUGACAGAGGAUGGGAGCCUGUCGGCUCAAUUCGAGCAUUCCAUCUUAAUAACCGAGAAUGGUGCAGAGAUACUAACCCAAUGUUAAUGAUGGCUCUACGAAGCAUUGCCAAAGGGAAGCCGAGAACAGGGUAUUCACUGUAGACCAGACAUUCUUUAUGGCCAUAUGGGAUAUGAAUUUGCCACCACAUAUGGAAAUAUUUCGGAGGCAACUUCUUUUUUUUAUUUUUUUAUUUUUUAAACUUAAUUAGGAAAUGUGUACCCAUUUGACUCAACAAUUUAUUCGAUUGUCCCUUUUCUUCAAUCAGUUGGGAUUGAAUCUUGACU